AUGGCAAACUUUUCUGGUAGCGUCUUUGGCGAGACCCUCCAAACAAUUACCAGCACCAAGUUAGAGGAGCUCGCAAAGCAACGCAUCAGCUUUGAGGACAAAUAUACAAGACUGCUCGACUCUGUGAAAUCAGAAAAAGACGCGUUGAAGCGAGUUGGCAUCCUACUUGACGGCUUGAAGGAAUGCCUUGGCAUUCAGACCGUAAAGAGCUCUACAGCUGGGGGAGGUGUCCACGUAAUUAUCAGCGGAUCAAGGAAUACCGGCCUCGAAACUGAUCUCCGGAACUUGUACCGUUUUAUUGAGCAAGCUCGCUUUGACCCUUCUGUGUCAAGUAAGGUCAUCUUGGGUUGGGAAAAGAGACUGCUUCAGUACCUUUCAAUUCAGUCCACCAAGUUCCAAUACGCCGACCUCUACGGGAAGCUCGUCACAGAAUGGCUCUCCUCUGAGAAACCUGCAAACAAUGAUGGCGACGUUGAGAUGGCGGAGAGCUUUGAAGAGGUACCCGGUGCGAAGAAGCUUGCUACUCGUACGGAAUGGGAGAAGAAUGUGUUCCAGGCGGCUGAAGUAGAUGAAAAGGCACUACGGCUAUAUCUCAAAGACCUCUUUGUCAAAGAUAAGAAAGAAAGCACCUCAGCAAUCGACGAGUUGCAUAAAAAGGUCCAAGAAUUCGAAAAGAGUCUAACUAGGUCAAACCAACUUGACAUGUUUUCACUUCGUCCGGUCAUUGAAGGAUUACAAAACUCCGAUCUGCUUUCAAACGAAAAGCGGGAAGCGUUGAGAGAUUUUCUGGGCAACAAUGUAAUAUUGACAGAAGUCUGCGAUAUUCUCAAUGUGCGCUUGGCAGCUCUUGAAAAUUGGAACUGGGGCCCGCAAGUCCUAGUGGAACAAAGGAGGAAGAUCAAUGGCGAAUUUUCGAUCCAGCUGGAUCCUGACCUUUUGCAAGCGAUUUUCCUUCAUUACAUCGGCGUACAAUGGUCAGUGUUCUUCAAAUCCGCAUUUAGAGACUUGCAUAAGCACGAGGCUUGGAAGAGCUCUUCUACUGAGGUCGGCAGGGAUGAGCGCUCACAGCGCAUGUACUUCCUUGGUAAAAAAAGUACGAAUGCUUCAAAGAGUCUCGAGGAGAAGCGAAAAUGCACGCAUGACAAUAGAUACUUUGCAUAUCAACUACUGGACUUUGACGCACAGCAAGUCGAGGUGGAAGAAGGUGAGGAAGAAGCAGAGUACGGGGAAUACGCUGUUAACAAACGAGACAUCGUGGUGCAUGACCUUGCGGCAAAGCGACCUAUGAAAUCCGCGGUUAGAUCGCAUUUCGCUGCAAGGCGUCUGGUUCCUGAAGCUGAAGUAGACGAAUCUGAUGAGGACGAUGAAGACGAGAUAUUAUCGGAGGAUUCGUUCCAACACGAAGACGAAAUUUACCGUGGUCAAUCUAAGAAACCUAUGGAAUCAAAGCAGAAUCUGCUUCAUCUUGUCGCCACAGAAAUCAUUUUCAAUACCCGGCUACACGGCGAGUUUACUUGCCUCCAUACGACAUUUGAUUCCUGGAACUCACUUCUACCGCAUCAAACAAUAUCCGCAGUCCUCGAAUUUCUCGGUGUAUCAAAGAAAUGGAUGACUUUCUUUGAGAGAUAUCUACAGGCUCCAUUGAAGUUUGCCGACGAUCCAGCAUCUGAGCCACGUUUGCGUAAGCGAGGCAUGCCGAGCUCUCAUAUAUUGAGUGAUGUGCUGGGCGAAACAGUACUCUUGUGCCUGGACUUUGCUGUCAAUCAGGCCACCGGCGGUCCAGAUCUGUAUCGCCUCGGCGAUGAUGUAUGGUUUUGGAAUAAGGAUUAUGAGACAUGCGUGAGCGCCUGGGCCAGCAUUCUGAAGUUCACCGAGAUCAUGGGAGUUAGGCUGCACGAGAAGAAGACUGGCAGUGUGCGAAUCGCACACAACAAGGAAGCGGAAAUCGAUGAACGUCUUCCCGAAGGUGAGAUUCGCUGGGGUUUCUUACAGCUUGAUCCUAAAAGCGGCCGGUUCGAAAUCGACCAACGCAUGGUCGAUGGACAUGUAGAGGAAUUGCGCACGCAGCUGCAAGGCAAAUCGAAGAGUGUUAUCGACUACAUCCAAGUCUGGAACUCGUACGCGGCUACAUUCUUUAGCUCGAAUUUCGGAAAAGCUGCCAAUUGCUUCGGCCGCGAACAUGUCGAUAAAAUGCUCGCUACUCACCGCCACAUUCAGGAGCAAAUAUUUCCCAAUGGCAGCAUUGUUCAGCAGAUCAAGCAGAUGAUAGACGAGCGCUUCUCAGUGAAAAACGUCCCUGACGGCUUCCUCUUCUUCCCAGUCGAAUUAGGCGGCCUAGACCUUAAGUCACCGUUUGUGCACCUUUUGCAGAUCCGUGAGUCUGUAAGAGAAAACCCUUACGACUUGCUCGAUGAGUACGAGCGAAACGAGCGCGACGACUACGCCACCGCCAAACGCAGAUUCGACAAUGCCGACCCGGAUACUAUGCGUCGUAAUGCCGACGAUUCAGCCUUGCAACGUAAAAACAUCGAUGAGUUCUUCUCUUUCGAAGAGUUUGUCAAGCACCGCGAGGUUUUUGGAACAUUAGGAAAGGCAAGCUUAGUGAAGACUUACAAGAAAUUGCUGGAGCAACCGCAGGAAGAACCUGUGGCUCUCAGCACAUCAGUUGGGCAGGCUAUAACUCAUCUAUCGAGUCAGAGCAAUCUACGAGGCAUCCUUGGUAAUUGGGCGGCCAUGGAUGCUUAUUGGAAGUGGAUCGCACAGAUGUAUGGCCCGGAGAUGAUCGAUACGUUCGGGAGUCUAAAUGUUGUCGAAUUUGGAUUGCUGCCUAUUGGUAUGGUGUCGAUGUUUAGACAGCGUCGUACCAAAUGGCAAGGCUGA